UGUUCAUCAGGAAUAAAUAUUAACACUUUAUCAUUGAUUUUUUUUUUCCUUUCAUUAACCUGACGUCACCACGGUAACCUUUCUCCUUGAUCUUCCCUGUGACCAUGGUGACAAAAUCAGCCAAUAGGGUUUAUUACUAUGUUCCCGUAGCCACUCCACGUAAACCUCGUUACCUGCCUUCAUCGCACGACGAAUAGGAAGAGUCCUACACAUUUUCAGCCAAUGAAAACUAACUUGUCACUGCACAGGCACGGUAGCCGACUUAUGCCAAACCAGUUACCGGCGAACAGUACUCUUGUAUCAUUAAAUUCAUGCUGUCCUAGGCUUUUGUUCUUGUCUAGCUGAGCUCCAGACAAUCUUUUGUUUUGACUUCGGAUAUUUCCGUUUUCUUUGUGCAUCCCACGAAAACCUGCAAACACUGUAUUUUGAAUUAAUCCUUCACUUUCUUCUUGGCCCCCCUCUGAUAACAACCCCCAAAUUUGUCCGUUGCUGGUUGGCUGCCUUUAUAUUUUUGUGCUUCUCUCCGUGCUGUUAACUGACCAAGAUAGGUGGCUCGGGCACUAAGAUGUCGAACCGAGUGGUGUACAGAGAAGCAAGUCACGCCGGCAGCUGGUACACCGCCUCAGGAGCCCAGCUGAAUGCGCAGUUGGAGGGAUGGCUGUCGCAGGCGCAGUCCACUCUGCGGCCAGCUCGGGCCGUCAUAGCGCCGCAUGCUGGGUACACCUACUGCGGAGCGUGUGCUGCACAUGCCUACAAGCAGGUGGAUCCCACGGUCACCCGGAGGGUUUUCAUCUUGGGUCCCUCCCACCAUGUGCCCCUGUCCCGCUGUGCCCUGUCGCCCGCUGAGGUCUACAGAACGCCUCUGUAUGACCUGAGAAUUGACCAGAAGAUUUAUGCUGACCUCUGGAAAACGGGCAUGUUCGAGAGGAUGACUCUGCCGACAGAUGAGGAAGAGCACAGCAUUGAGAUGCAGCUCCCAUUCACCGCCAAAGCCAUGGAGAGCCAUAAAGAUGAGUUUUCCAUUGUCCCAGUGCUGGUCGGUGCCCUGAGCGAGUCCAAAGAACAGGAAUAUGGCAAGAUCCUCAGUAAAUACCUGGUGGACCCAGCAAACCUGUUUGUGAUCUCGUCUGACUUCUGCCACUGGGGGCAGCGAUUCCGUUACACAUAUUAUGACGAAACUCAGGGAGAAAUAUACAGAUCCAUCGAGCAUCUUGAUAAAAUGGGUAUGGGCAUCAUAGAGCAACUGGACCCUAUAUCUUUUAGUAACUAUUUAAAGAAGUACCACAACACCAUCUGUGGCCGUCACCCCAUCGGAGUGCUGCUAAACGCUGUGACUGAGCUGCGGAAGAACGGCACAGAUAUGAGCUUCUCCUUCCUGAACUACGCACAAUCCAGCCAGUGCAGGAACUGGCAAGACAGCUCUGUCAGUUACGCGGCGGGGGCCUUGAUCGUCCACUGAGGGGGAGGGGGGGCCCCUAUCUCUUCACUCCAUGUUGCCCUGUUACCCAACCUCAUCCCCCUCCUUCAAAAAAAAAAAAAAUGACUCCCCACUUUUCCAGGGAGUACUUGUCCAGCAUGGGAAUUUCUAGCCAUGUGAGGCUUGUCUGAGGAAUUUGGCCCCCCCUUGGAAUGAGCCUUCAUCCUGUUGGUUAAAUCUGCCAUUAUGAUAUGCAUUAUCAUAAUGUGUGUGUGUGUGUGUGUGUGUGUGUGUUUCUCUCUUUAUGCUGGAGUAGAGUGAAACAUGGGGAUGGGGGAGCCUUGUAGGAACAUGCCAGACAAAUUCAAAAGGGGAGGGGGGCGAGUACAACUUGUAUAUGUUUGCACUCUGCAGAACUGUGCUUUGAAAAUAGGUGGAAGAUCAUUUGUGGUGAUGGUACAGGACGUUCUUCAAAUGGAUUGGAUCUGGAAAGAAGAAAACAACAUUAUUUACUAACGUUAUAUCCUUUUAUAAGCCAAGAAGUGCAGUGUAGGUAGCCAAAAUCGUACCAUAUAGACUUAUUAUGGCUGUUACGGGCUGUUCAGGGAAAAGCCCUAUAACGCUGUGCUGUAUAUUCCAUAUACCAAAAAAGAACAUUUUUUGACUUGUCUUUUUAGCCCAUUUUUAUUUUCAAUUCCUCACCAUUUUUCUUGUUUACAAUAAUGUUCUUCGACAUCUAACUAUUAUUAGCAAUGGCAUCAAUCUUAGCCUCUUUAGUCCUCUCCCUUUUUCAUUUAUUUGUGGUGCCCGUCAUUAGUCCUCCAGAACUGCAGAGUGUGCUGGUGUUCACUAAGCAGGCACUUUAUCGACAUACCAAGGCCAUCAUUGCAGGUUCAUGGGGGUUUUACUUGUACAAAAAUGUUCUUAGGGCAGAACAAAAAAUGAUUGUUCAAAAACAUAACCAAUCAGAUUGUAGAGGAUGUGGGUCCAAGCCACUAGAAGAGGAGGGCCAACUAAUCUUGGGUCCCGUCUCCACUAGUUGCUUGGACCCACCUCCUCUACAAUCUGAUUGGUUGUCUCUCUGAAGCAAUCAUUUUUCGUUCUGCCCUCAGAACGUUAAGUAAAGCUCCCACAAGAUCAUUUUAUAUGUUAGAAAGGUGGUUCUUUUGGACCAGAGCAGGCACCACAAUUUUAGUUUUGUGUUAUGUAAUUGUGUGAAUUUAACCAAGAAAAUGCAGAGCGUUAUUGGUUCCAUGCACUGAGAUGGGGCUGUGACUGCAAGGUUCACUGCAUGCUGGGUUUCCUCUAACCAAGAUCAACCUCUGGAUCGAUCCCCUUGGAUGCCAGUGUUUGACGCUGUCGGUUCAGCUUUCUAUUGGUGGGCAGCCAGCAUCAAUCAGAAUGAAGAAAAUCAAUUGUGAAAUUUAAAGGAUAGUGCAUUUGUGCCUUCAAUCAUCGUUGUAUGUCCCACUGGUUUCCUCGUUGGUGGUGAACCGGUAACUGUACCACCACCAAUCAUCUCACUCCUCUGUGACGUCUGACCAUCUGAGUUGUUUUUUUUAAAAUCCAGUACGCUCUCUUGUCCAAUGUUUUGAAGACGCAUCUGACCGGAGAGGGACUGCAUCAGCGACUUUGAUGUGGUGCAGACUGGGAUUUCGCACUGCACAUCCUGCUGGGGGACCCCUUGUGCUUCUUAGUAUUUUUUUAUUAGUUUUUUUUUUUUUUUUUUUGCUAGUUAAACAACGUAGUCUGUGCUUGAAGUCAAGAACCUCCGGUUUGUUACUGUCGACAACAAACGUUUCUGAAGUGCUCCAAGGUGGAGUCUUAUUAACUCAGGUUCAGCUGAUUCAGCCUUUUUGUUUACCCUGCUCACUACAAUAAGAAAAAUGGGAAAAAACAGUAAAACUCUGAAAAUA